AUGUCCGCUGUGGAACAAAGAAAUCCAACUUCUAAGAAUGGUACUGAUGCUCUGUUGGCUGAUAACAAAGUAUUAGCUAAUACAAAUCACGAAACUGGAGUACCUAAUAAGUCCAAAACAACCGACUCAAAAAAGUCUAAAGAUAAAACUGCUAAUGAUGAUGAUAAUGAUGAUGAUGAUGAUAUUAUUGAUACUAAAAAAGUUACCAGAGAGGUUGGCGAAGCCACUUACGUUGGUUGGAAACAAGUUGGUGGUUGGGAAACAAAAGAUACUCUAACUUCAAAAGAUGCAUUGUACGACAUUCAUGGGGAAACGAUUAUCGAUAAUUACUUGCCUGACAAAUUUUAUGGGGACUGGUAUCAUUCAGUAGCCUUUUUCUUUAUCGGUGGAUUUUUAUCAUUUUUCUUUGGUUAUUUUAAAUUUUCGCUAGCUCCUGUGUUUUUUGUUAUAGUUCCGACUUGUUUCUUGUAUAGGGCGUCAGUUAAGAAAUAUAGACAGAAUAUUAAGCAAUUGGCUCAAAAAGAAUACAUUGUUAAAAAGAUUGAAGAUGACUAUGAAUCCAUGGAAUGGUUAAAUACAUUUUUGGACAAAUACUGGGUUCGUAUGGAACCAGCCGUUUCUGAUAUGGUUGUCAAACAAGUUAAUCAGUUGUUGGCAGAUUUGGAUGCAAUUCCAGCAUUUAUCACCGCUAUUUGGAUUGAUCGUUUCACCUUGGGUGUCAAACCACCAAGAAUAGAACAGGUUAAAACCUUCCAAAACACUGACAAUGAUGUUGUUGUUAUGGAUUGGACUCUGUCUCUUACUCCACAUGAUAAUUCGGAUAUGACUACCAAACAGUUAAGAAACUACGUUAACCAAAGUGUCUCGCUGAAGUUAAGUGCAUUUGGCAUCACAAUUCCCGUUUCUGUCGCUCAAAUUGCCAUGAAGGUACAAACAAGAUUACGUUUCAAGUUGAUGACGCCCUUCCCUCAUAUUGAAACUGUCAACGUUCAAAUAUUGGAGGUUCCAGAUAUUGAUUUUGUUGCCAAAUUAUUUGGUGACUCUAUCUUUUCUUGGGAAAUUAUGGCUAUUCCUGGCUUACUGCCCUUUACCAGGGAAAUGGUUAGAAAAUAUGCAGGUCCAAUGUUAAUGCCUCCGUUUUCUAUGCAAUUGAAUAUUCCACAAUUAGUAUCUGGUAACGCCUUAGCUGCUGGUGUUUUGGAACUAACCGUUAAAAAUUGUGUUGAUUUGAAACGUGCUACAUUAGUUGAUAUUUCUAUCGAUCCCUAUUUGGAAUUUUCCAUUAAUGGAACUAAAGUUGCUGAAACCAGAACUGUUAAAGAUACUUUGAAUCCUGUUUGGAAUGAAACCCUGUUUUUCAUGAUCGAUUCUUUUACUGAUCCAUUGACCAUUGACAUUAUCGAUAGACGUGUUAGGUUCAAAAACAAAAUAUUGGGCACUAUUUUAUUUGAUAUAAGUUCUUUGCACGGCAAUCACGAUCAAAAAAACCUUUCUGCCAGAUUUUUAAGGAACGCACAACCGGUCGGUACUUUGAACUUUUCUAUGCAUUUCCAUCCAACCAUUGAGCCUAAGCAAUUGCCAGACGGUACUGUGGAGGAAUUGCCUGAUUUGAAUACUGGUAUUUCUAAGUUCAUUAUUGAAGAAGCCAAACAUUUGGUUCAUACAUCUGAAGAAGCUAAAAAUUUGGCUAGUCAUGUUGACGUGUAUGAGAACGGUAAACUAAUCUUUUCUACCAAUACUAUUAAAGGUGAUGCAUCUCCCAAAUACAAUGGUGAGUACAGAUUUAUUGUUAGCGAUCGUCGUAAGACUAGGUUUAAAUAUAUUGUUAAAAAUGGUAAAAAUGAAGAGAUUGGCUCUACUGUUCAAACGUUGAACGAUUUGAUUGACAGAACUGAAACAGAUAAAACUUGGAUUCCAUUGAAAAACUCUAAUCACAGCACUAUUCAAAUUAAAGCUUUAUGGAAGCCUGUUGAUUUGGGUAUUGGGUCAAAUGCUAUUGCUUACAAUCCACCAAUUGGUGUUGUUAGGACUUUUAUUAACAAGGCCAAACGUUUACCUAACUUAGAAAAGGUCGGUAUGAUUGACCCAUAUGCUAGAAUCUUGGUUAAUGAAAUUCCUAAAGACAGAACUGAUGUAAAAGAGCACACCCAAAACCCAAUUUGGAAUCAAAGUCUUUAUGUUUCUGUUACUUCACCAAAUCAGAAGAUUACUUUGGAAUGUAUGGAUGUUGAAACUGUUGGUUUGGAUCGUUCCUUAGGUAGCUUGGACAUGAAAAUAUUUGACUUAAUUAACAAGAAUUCUGAUGAUAAAUAUGUUGAACAAAUCGACGAUACCGCAAGAGUUGGUAAUUUGAUUAGGAAAAAAAAGAAGAGCAAAAUUUCGGGAAGUAUCACCUAUUAUAAUUCAUUUUAUCCAACCAUUCCUAUUUUAACUUUAGAAGAAAUACAAGAGGUUGAUAAAUUGAACGCUAAGAAGCAGAAAUUAAAGGAAAAAUUGUCUAUGCUUGAUGAAAAGAAAUUAAGUGAUGCAGACAAGAAAAAAAUAGAUGAAGAAAAAUUUGAGAUUAGCGAAUUGGAAGAUGUUUAUGGUUCUAAGAUGAAAUUGUCCUUGGACGAGUUGUUGGGUUAUUCAUGCGGUGUUUUGGCUGUUUCUGUUUUAGACGGGGAACUUGGUUUACCGGGUACCUAUGUCCAAGCAUUUUUUGAUGGGAAUGGUUAUUACAGGUUUGUUUCACCUAGAUAUAGUACUAGAAAUAUAAGUAAGGGUUUUACUGGCGAUGUUUUUAUUAAAGAGUUGGAAUGGUCGGUUUGUACAUUUAGAGUUACUAAGCACAAGGAAAGUAACAAGGCUGAAUCAUUUAUUUCUGAGGUUGUUAUUCCAACUAUUGAACUUGUGAGAAAUUGCUAUAAAAAACCAUCUAUUUUGAACUUGACUGGACCAAACACAUCUAAAUUAAUGGUCCAAGUUCAAUGGUUUCCAGUAUUAGCCUCAAAAUUACCACAAUCUGAUUUGAUUACCAAUAGUGGUGAUUUGAAAAUUACAGUUAAGAGCGCUAAUAAUUUGCUGUCAGCGGAUAGCAAUGGUAAGAGUGAUCCAUAUAUUAAAUUUUAUAUGAAUGACGAAUCAAGUAGUUUUUUCAAGUCCAAGACUGAGAAGAAAACUUUAGACCCAACAUGGAAUGAAGUUGUUACUGUUCAAGUGAAUAACCGUGUCAAUGACUACUUGAGAAUAAUAGUUAUGGAUUGGGAUGUUGGCUCUAAGAAUGAUUUAAUUGGCCAGGCAAUUUUGCCCUUGCAUAAAAUAGAUCCAGAGAAUCCAACAGAUUUAGAUAUUCCAUUAACUGAUGAGUAUAAGAAAAAGGAUGCUGGUGUUGUUCAUUUAUCCUUUGAAUUUUCUCCUAGAUACACGUUAUCGAUUAAAAAGACUGAGAAAAAGGUUGGUGAUAUUGCUAGCAAAGGUUUAGCUGCCGGUACCAACGUCGUUGGCACAGGUAUAGGUGCUGUAGGAAAAAUUAAGAAAGGUAUUUUUGGUGGUAAGAAGAAAUCGGAUGAUGAAGAUGAAGAGGAUGAAGGAAAUGGGAAAAAAGCAUGA